AUGGCCUGGACGCUAAGCUUCGUGGUGGCAGCUGUCGCCACUAUUCUGCUGUAUCUCUAUCAAAGCCGACCGAGAAUACAUCGAGAUGGGAAGAGCCUCAGACGGCCCCCAAACACUUUACCCGUGCUCGGUAACGCCCUGCAUUUCCUCAAACCUCGCCGUGAGCUGUUUUCGUGGUUCGUUCGAUGCCAGCAGAUCUUCGGGAGUGAGACGUUCGAGAUCUCCGUCCCCAGUCUGCCGCCAGGUGUCGUGAUCAACAGUCCUGAGAACCUCGAUUUCGUUCUCAAGAAUGAAGCUUCCAUAUCCAAGGGGGAGUUCUUCAGGGAGAGGUCCUGGGAUCUAUUCGGUUACGGCAUCAUCAAUUCGACCGGAGACUUAUGGAAAGCACAACGAAAAGCCGGGUUGAAGUUCUUUGGCGGCGCGACACUCGAUUCAAUGGUGGAAGACGUGCUGCCCGAAGUCUACCUAUCCGAGACAGGGAUGCGACAGCAACUUUUGCAAGCAGUCAAAGACAACAGCGUAGUUGACAUGCAGAAACUUUUUCUCGACCUCACCACCACCGUCGUCGGGUACAUGGCAUACGAUAUGGAGAUCUCCAGCACGCAUCCAUUCAGCAAGGCAUUCGAUCACGCGUCGAACCAGAUCGGGCUGCGCUUUCAAAAUCCACUCUACAAAACCACCGAACUAUUCACAGGAUCCGCGUUCCGCAGCUCCAUCGCAGAAGUGAAACGCUUCGGCCGAGAGAUCGUUCGAAACGCACGAAAAAGACGAGCCCAAGCCGCGUUCGAGAGCUUAAUUACGCAAGACGACUCUGACGCAUCGUCAGGGGGUGAGGGCUCGCGGUUAGAGAAUCUGAUUGAUAGCCUGAUGGAAACUUUUGAGAAUCCAACAAUCGUCGCUGACGCGGCCUUGAAUUUCCUCAGUGCAGGGCGAGACACCACAGCCCAGAGCCUCACGUGGACUCUCUACGCGCUGCUCCGGAAUCCAGAGGCAUUGCCGCAACUACGGCGGGAGAUCGACCCUACCUUCUCCCGCACGGGGAAUGGGAAGGAAAGCAAGAAGAAUGCCAACGACGACACCGGACCACAAAUCACCGUCUCGAACCUCCAACCACUCUCCCUGCCCCACACACUCGCAGUAUUUCACGAAUCACUACGCCUGUAUCCGCCCGUCCCCAUUGAAAUAAAGCAAACCCUACAGCCCCUAACACUCCCAGACGGAACCACCCUCCCGACGGACGCGGUAGUAGUCUGGUGCAUCUGGGCACUGAACCGCUCCGAGAAAACCUUCGGGGCCGACGCCGCGUUCUUUCGGCCUGAGCGCUGGAUUGACGGACAAGGAAAGCUGCUGCGACGGAGCGAGGCUGAGUAUCCCGUCUUCAACGGCGGGCCACGUGCGUGUCUUGGUAGGAAGAUGGCGGAAGUGCUGGCUUGUUGGGUUCUGGGUAUGGUUUUGGUGGAGUUUGAGUUCGUUGAGGUUGGCGGACUUGAUGGAGAGCCGGGCGAGGUGGGUGAGGAGAGCAAGGGAAGUGGAGAGUGUGUGAAGGAGAGAGUCAGUGCAAAUAGUCUUACCUUACCCAUGGAGGGCGGUUUGCCUUGUCGGGUGAGCUUGAGGUAG